GCACCUGCUGCUUUCGACCGUCCUCCUGGUCGUCCUGUUCUCAGUCCUAUCGGAGGGCAAGCCGAACCCGAAAAACCAUGACCUACUCACGAAAAUCGGCAUGCAGAAGAUCAGGGGGCCAAACACCCACCACAGGAAACGACUAGCCGUAGAAUCGAGGCACCACAGCAGAUCUGACGACUCUCACAUGUUCAUAAUCAAACUGCCGCCCAAUCCGCACUACUACGGUCACAACAUACCCCACUCUUUCCAAGGCGUACACUCCAAGAGCAAGGACCUACCCGUUGGGUUCAAGAGUAACGGCAAGCCCGCCAAGAUCUACCACUGGAAUCUUCCAGUUUUGAAGAAGAUGGCCUCAAAGAUGAAGCCUAGGAGUAAGGAUUACAACGGGAUAGACCUACAGAAUCCCGAAAGGUGGAACGAGGUCCUAGACAAGCCUGUGAAGGAUAAGAAACCCUUGAAGCCAUCUUAUUACGUCCCUGCCAAGCCUAAGAAGUCUAGUUUUACGAAAUAUUUCGCUGGUAACGGCAAACCGCACUCGUUCUACGUCAUAGAGAAGAGCAAAAAGGCGCACUAUCACAGGCUGCUGCCGUAGUAGUGGUGUAUGAGAGACUGUGCAAUGAACUGUAAAAGUAUUCUAUAAUUUAGACUGAAAUUAAGCUUAUUUUAAUUUUAUAUAUUGUAUUUAAGUGAUUGUUUUUUAUAAUAAAUAUUACUGAUAA